CCUCCCCGCAGCCCCAGCGCAAAAGCCCCGGGGCGGCGUACCGUGAAGGCAGCGGCGGCGGCGGGACGAGCGCAAAGUUUGCCAGCAUGUCAACCAGCGGUCCCACGGGAGCGGCCUCUGCCCCUGGCAGCAACCGCCGUCUUCAGCAGACGCAAAACCAAGUUGAUGAGGUGGUGGAUAUCAUGAGAGUCAACGUGGACAAGGUCUUAGAAAGGGACCAGAAACUGUCUGAGCUGGACGACCGUGCUGACGCCUUACAAGCCGGAGCAUCCCAGUUUGAGACCAAUGCAGCUAAGCUGAAGAGGAAGUACUGGUGGAAGAACUGCAAGAUGUGGGCCAUCUUGAUCGCAGUGGUGGUCGUUCUCUUAAUCAUCAUCAUUGUUUGGAGCGUGUCUUCAUGAACUGCCAGAGAAAACACUGAAGCUGUGUCAACAAGAAACGUCGGUUUUCUACACAUAACUUGCUGAAUUGCCCAAGCUUUCCUACGGAUAUGCACAAAUCAAACAUUGUUUUGGAUAGAAAUGUUAACGCUGUGUAGUUUAUUGACUGUGUGCCUUAUUUAAAUGAAGUGCUUCAACUUGUAAAUGCAAUUAAGACUGGUUGAGGCUUCUAAGAGCUGUGUGAACUUGAGA